GUCGCCGCAGCUUUCUUACGUUUCCCAGUCGUACCGCCCUUAACCUUAACAAUUCACAUUUUGCAACAAAGUAAAUGCAUCUUGGGGGAAUUACUCUAUAGGUGACCAUGAAUUAGGUUUAGUGGCAUGUAAGCGCAUGCUUAGAUUUGCAGUUUCUUGCAGGGCCCCACUCUUUAGCAUUACGUCUGAGCAAUGAGUCAUCUCGCACAAGGGUUCGAGCUCUAGCCGCACAAAGCCGGCGUAAAUCAGUGUUAAUUAUGAAGCCCCGGCAUGUCGCGGCGUGUCGCGGCUUUAAGACCGCCGCGCGUCGACCCUGGCCGUGAAUGGGCGCAGCGGACGCGCCAGCCUCUCCCCGGAUAUGACGGCAGACCAAUCGGCGCUGUCCGUGGAUUAUGGAAGGACGUGACGUCAGCAGCUGUCGUGCUGGAUUGGGAUGCUACACUGUAACAAUCCCAAGCGCGCAGCGCUGGAGUUCGGGGAUUAUGGCUUCUGGAACGCUUCCCAGACGGUAAAAGGACGCAGCGCCACAGUGGCUUGGACUGCGAGCUGUUUUUCAUGCUGCUAAAGCCACGCGUUCAUCAAGGCAACCGAGUAGCAUUCGUGCUGUAGAACCGAAGGACACAAAAAAUGUGUGGAAACGCAGGGAUUUGCUCCGCUUGGCGUGUUUGUAUCCUUGCCGAUGCCGUCGCUAUCGUCCAUAGAGGUACAACGGUAUAAAGCGACCCGACGUCGUUGCUUGGACGUGAGAAACAGGCUCGCUGCCCUCCUCGGACGUGUUUGACGGUGCAGCUUCCAGUUUCUCACCUAGCUGGAGGGAACACCGGUUCUGCCUUGCUUCUACCUCGGUUCUGCUCCUAGAAGCGCUACAGCCCGGCUCAUCAAACGUGCAGUGUUUUCUUAGCCCGUCUUUUAUUUUAUGGUGGACGUGGAGAUAACAGUAGCGAGAAGGGAGUGUGUAGAAGGACGCGGGGAUUGGGUUGAAGUCCAUUCGAGUGACUCGUUCCGUUUUGAAGCAGAAGCCACACAUUGGACGCGGCAGCUGUAGAUGUUAAAGAAAAGUCGCCCACAUGCUCGGGACUUGGGAACGGACCCAGAAGACGGCGGAAGACGCGAGCAUAAACCCCCUGCAGGCUGGUGGAAGAUGGCGGUGCUUUCCGACUGGAGUUGGUGAGAGUAAAAGUUCCCGGCGCGUUGGAUUUAUUCGUGAACACCUCGACCUGGAUCGAAGGACACAUGCAGGCCAAAAAACGGUAUUUAAUUCUGUUCUCCGCCGGCGCAUGUCUUGUUCUGCUGCUGUACUUAAGCGGGGUGCAAGUUCCAGCUUCCAAGAGGAACCCAAACCGACGCGAUGACCGAAGUGGACAUCGUCCUAAUUCCCACUGGCCGCACUUUACCGAGCCUUUACAACCUUUCAUUCCGUGGGAUCAGACGGAGACUGAGGAUUACAGUGCUCACACUUGGCCAAGGCAAAAGAGGGACGUCAACUCCGGUGUUUACAAGGGCAAACGUUGCCGAAUGGACUCGUGUUUUGAUUUUUCUUUGUGCGGAAAGGACAGCUUCAAAGUUUACGUGUACCCUCAACAAAAGGGUGAAAAAAUCUCAGAAAGUUACCAAAACAUUUUGUCGUCAAUUGAGGGCUCCAGGUUCUACACAUCUGACCCAGGACAGGCCUGCCUAUUUGUCCUGAACCUGGACACCCUGGACCGGGACAAGUUGUCACCUCAGUACGUGCACAACUUGAAAACAAAGAUCCAGAACUUAAGCCUGUGGAAUAACGGCCGGAAUCACCUCAUCUUCAACCUGUACUCGGGGACAUGGCCGGACUACACGGAAGAUCUGGGUUUCGACAUCGGUCAGGCCAUGCUGGCAAAAGCGAGCACUAGCACGGAGAACUUCAGACCCAAUUUUGACGUGUCCAUUCCUUUGUUCUCCAAAGACCACCCGAGGACCGGAGGGGAGAGGGGCUAUUUAAAAUACAACUCCAUCCCCCCGUUUAGGAAAUACACGUUGGUAUUUAAGGGUAAGCGCUACCUGACGGGGAUUGGGUCUGACACGCGCAACGCUCUGUACCACGUUCACAACUCGGAGGAUGUAGUUCUUCUCACCACUUGCAAGCACGGCAAAGACUGGCAGAAGCAUAAGGAUGCUCGCUGUGACAGAGACAACGCGGAAUACGACAGGUAUGACUAUAAAGAAAUGCUACACAACUCCACUUUUUGUCUGGUGCCCAGAGGACGGCGACUGGGCUCCUUCCGCUUCCUGGAGGCUCUGCAGGCUGCCUGCAUUCCCGUCGUGCUCAGCAAUGGCUGGGAGCUCCCCUUCUCUGAGGUCAUCGACUGGAGCGCUGCUGCAGUCAUUGGGGACGAGAGGCUUCUCCUGCAGAUCCCGUCCACUGUCCACACCAUCCACCAGGACAAGAUCCUGUCCCUCCGCCAGCAGACGCAGUUCCUGUGGGAGGCGUACUUCUCCUCGGUGGAGAAGAUCGUGCUCACCACGCUGGAGAUAAUCCAUGACCGGGUGCUGCAGCAGUUGGCCCGCAGCAGUCUGAUGUGGAACAGGCUGCCCGGGGGCCUCUUCACCCUGCCGCAUUACUCCUCUUACCUGGGUCACUUCCCCUUCUACUUCGGCCCGCUCGGUAUCAGAACGCUUCCCAAGUUCACUGCAGUCAUCCAUGCCGUAACACCCCUGGUCUCCCAGUCUCAGCCUAUCCUGAAGCUGCUAGCAGCUGUGGCCAAAUCCCAGCACUGUGCACAGAUUGUGGUCCUGUGGAACUGUGACAGGCCACUUCCUGUGAAGCACCGUUGGCCUGCUACAUCCCAAUCAGUCAUAGUGAUCGAGGGGGAGAACAAGGUGAUGAGCAGCCGCUUCCUGCCCUACGGCAGCAUCGUCACGGACGCCGUGCUGAGCCUGGACGAGGACACGGUGCUCUCGACCACCGAGGUGGAUUUCGCUUUCAUAGUUUGGCAAAGUUUCCCUGAAAGAAUCGUGGGCUAUCCAGCACGGAGUCACUUUUGGGACAUCAACAAGGAGCGAUGGGGCUACACAUCCAAGUGGACCAAUGACUAUUCAAUGGUGCUGACUGGAGCUGCUUUCUACCAUAGAUAUUACAACUACUUGUACACCAAUUACCUGCCAGCCAGUUUGAAGAGCAUGGUUGACCAGCUUUCCAACUGUGAAGACAUCCUCAUGAACUUCCUAGUGUCUGCUGUCACCAAGUUGCCUCCCAUCAAGGUCACUCAGAAGAAACAGUACAAGGAAACCAUGAUGGGACAGACGUCGCGGGCCUCUCGCUGGGCUGAUCCCGACCACUUCGCCCAGCGGCAGACGUGCAUGAACAAAUUUGCCAGCUGGUUUGGCACCAUGCCCUUGGUCCACUCCCAAAUGAGACUGGACCCAGUUCUGUUCAAGGACCAGGUGUCUAUAUUGCGCAAGAAAUACAGAGACAUCGAACGACUCUAACAAACAUGAGCCUCCUCUUCACUGGGGCAAACGGGACAGUCGAGCGCCCCGGUGGGGUCACGGUGAACAGGGGACGUCACACCCUGCCUGUGCAUGGCGAGCAUGGAGGGUGCAAGUAGCUGGGCUGGAGAGCUGCUCAGAAUGUGGGUGGGUGCAUUGUGCUUAAUGAAGUCCUGACUGUCAAAAAAAAAAAGGUGCAUAACGCAUUGAGAUUCUUCUGAGGAGUGAAAUGUUAUUCGUCUGCUUUAAAAAGUUCCGGACGUCCCUAGCCCUAAACGAAGCGCGGGGACGUAUACAGGAGUUAGUUUUACACUACUGCAGGGAGUAGGUUUUUUUUUUUUUUUUUUUUGGUUUUUUUUUUGGCAGUUGGACAAAUUUGGCACAACAGGGUCAUGAUAGCUUGUGCAGUGGGGCAACCUAUCCAGUCUUUCACCACUGACCCCCUUCAGUAAUGCUUUGCCGAUGGCAACAGUGACCAUGACAGGGAGCCAAGCAUGCACCAGGUAGACGGGUCUCUUGUGAGAAGAGAAGAACAGGUAACGAGUCUCCUGGUGCAGUGGAGGAAGGUGAAGUUCAGAGACUGGAGUCUUGCCCCCCUAUCCAACCCGGAGAUGCCUGGGGUGCGGUUCUCCACGGGGGGGUCACCCGCCCUCCACGCAUGGAGUUCCGCUGGCAAGCAGCGCUCCCUUCCCGAAGCCGCAGGACUGCCGUGUCCUGCCGAGGGGCUGCACGGGUGAGCCUCUCCUACAGGAAUACAAUCUCACAGUGCCUGACCUUACAAAACAGUCAUCUGGGACUCCAGAGGGGGUUUGUGUGAAUGAAAAAUCACUUUGGGUCAUGCUGCUUGGGUUCUGGUAAUGUAAACAAUAAGAAAUAGUUUCUCCUCGAUUUGUCCAAAGGUCUUUUGCUUUUGAGAUGUAUAUCUUUCUUUUUUUUUCUUUUUUUUUUUUUUAUAUAUAUUUUUGUGUGUUUGUCUAACUUUUUUUUUUUCUCACAUUGUCUCUUGUCAUCUUGAACCUUUGGUAUAUUUCAGCAAACUGUUUUGUUUCACAGGCCGUGGUCCUAAUUCUGUAAAGCGUGUGAAUGCUGUGAGGAGAACUCCAGAGCUGACCACCUCCUGCUCACACAUCUCUAGACUUCAUCACAUUCGCUGGCUAUAUUUUUGGCCUUAAAAACUAAAACACUACCACACACAUUACUCUUUGAUGUUUAAAUAUAUAUAGUAAUAAUUAAAAAAAAAAAAAAAGACCUUGUCCUACGAUUAUUCAACAUAUCAAAAUACUGAAACCGUUGCACAUAUUGAUUUAGUACGUUUUUAAACACUAGUCUUGUUUUACACUCUCAAAUGACAAAAAAACUAAUAUGGUGGAGUGCAAAGUGUAUAGAAAUAGAAAUCAAUGAGAGAGAAUUUAAUUUUGUUUUUAAAGUUUUGUAAAUCCCAUGGAAAUAAUUGUUUCUAUGGCAUGCCCUGUUUUUUUGUUUUGUUUUUUGUUUGUUGUAAAUGAAAUCUAGUUCAGCAGUGGCAUGUGUAAUGCUGUUUGUAUCUCUACUGAUCAUAUAUAUUGACAAUGUCCUCUAAAAUUCAGCAGUUGUGUGUGUGUGUGUGUGUGUGUGUGUGUGUGUGUGUGUUUUGUUUUUUUAAGGAAUGGGUGCGAUAUUGUAUGCAAGUGACUGUUUAUAAAAGCUUAAACCUAAAGCCAAAAAUACCACUAUACACACACUUACCAGACCAUUCACUCCUAAAAAAAAAUCUCUGUACGAAAUCUCGCUUCUGUUGAACUGAAAAUAAAGGGAGUAGAAGCUAAGAUCACAACCAAAAUGUGUCCUUAACGUUCACAUCAGUCAGUCCCAAACAGAUCUGAAGACAAAGAGCAAGUCAAAUGCUUCUUAUUAACAGUUGACUGGCAGGCAGGUCCCCUUGUAGCUGCUGUUCCCAAUCAGUGGGCAUGUUGUUAUAACCAGGAACGGAGUCCAAAUCGAGGCACUUUUUGUAAACUGGCUCUGAAUUCUUUUCAUGGUAAUGUGUCAUUAGCAAUAGCAUUUUUCUUUCCUCUGAUGUCCAUAUGGUGCCAUUUCUCCUUCUAUACAUGAUUUGCCUGGAGUUACUGCCAGAAAACCCAGUUAAGUGCUUACAUCUGUCAUUGUAAUCAAGGAAAAUUAACUGGUGCAAAAAAGCUACAAUCUGAUCUUGGUAUUGUUCAAAGCACAGAGUACAGAUCGUUUAAUGGAAUUUUUUUACACAUAGCCCCUCUCCCACAGUAAAACACUGUCAUUAAUCAUUUUAUUCUCUUUCUUAAGAUUAAAUAUUACUGAGCUCACGGAUUCUCAAAACCUAUCAUACUGUCUCCUGAUGUGUAUUUCUAUCUUUUUUUUCUUCUUUUUUUAAAAAAAUCUCUUGAUUACAAAAAUGUGCCUUUCUUUAAACAAUUGUUAUUCAUUUGCAUUUAUUGGAAAACAAGCACCCAUUCCUGCAGUGUGUUGGUAAGACGCACUCCUUAUCCAGUAAUACACAACCAACGUUUAGUUUAUUUUGUCUAACACUGGAUUAUUAUUAUUAUUAUUAUUUUGUUGUUAUUAUUAUUAUUAUUAUUACAGAUAAAGUUCUGACAUUCCUACCGGUCUUGUAGGAAAACUGCCUCAGUGAUGUUUCAUUCUGUAAACACUUCCGUGCCCAUACUUCUCUGUGUAUUUAUCAGACGUGGAUUAAUUGUAUCGCUACUCUUCUGUCCAGUGCGGACACCAGUUUAAAUAAAGACCUUAUUUUACAGAAUUAUGAACAAUAAUGCGUAA